GCCGCCCGAGGUCUCCUCACGCCGCCCGCGUCUCCGCUGGAGCUGCUGGAAGCCAAGCCCAAGCGCGGCCGCCGUUCCUGGCCGCGCAAGCGCACCGCCACGCACACCUGCAGCUACGCCGGCUGCGGCAAGACCUACACCAAGAGCUCGCACCUCAAGGCGCACCUGCGCACGCAUACAGGCGAGAAGCCCUACCACUGCAACUGGGAUGGCUGCGGCUGGAAGUUUGCGCGAUCUGACGAACUCACGCGCCACUACCGCAAGCACACGGGCCACCGGCCGUUCCAGUGCCAUCUGUGCGACCGUGCCUUCUCACGCUCCGACCACCUAGCGCUGCACAUGAAGCGGCACAUGUAGCCUAAGCGCCCCCCUUCCCGCCCACCCGCGCGCGGCCGUGGCGGGUCCCACGCGCCGGGCACGGCUCCCUUCCAAACUGUGACUGGUAUUUAUUGGGCCCAGAGGACCGGGCCGGGCACAGCGUGGCCACCGAGGGCGCCCCCUCGUCGACGCCCCCGCCGCCCGGCCCCCAUCAGAGACUGAAGGCCCGGUGGGAGAAGACCACGAUCCUCCUUGACGAAUUUUGUUUUCAAAAUGGUGCAAUAAUUAAGUGUCGUCUAUCCCCCCGCUGGGUCUACACUAGAGGAUCAAGGCUUGAUGCCUUGUGAAAAAUGCAGGCUUAAUAUGUACUGUGCAACAUUUUUUAUAAUAUUGUACAUAGGGGCUGUGACAUAUUGUAUUACUGUAAAUAAGGGGCAGACAGUUGGGCAUUUUGGGUGCCUGGUUCAUUUUUAUAAGAUUUUGCUGGUUUUUUAAUUCAAAAAAAAAGUUUUACAUCUUUUGAAAAAAA